AUGAGCGGGCAGAAGUUCCAGUAUGACGAGAGCGGAGGGACGUUCUUUUAUUUUCUGCUCUCAUUCUUGGCACUGCUGCUUAUACCUGGGACCUACUACCUUUGGCCACGUUGCCCGAAGCAAGAUCCUGACCUGUUAGCCAAAGAGUGCCAAUGCGAUGGCUGCAAAAAGAAGAAAAUUAUACUUCAAGCUAAUAAACCUUGGAAAGAAACCAAGGCUUUAUUCACGAAAUUUCUAAUCAUUAUGGGAUGGGUUAUCUUGAUAUUGCUAGCAUAUAAAGUAUCCCAAUUUGAUUACGAGAUGGCUAACUUUGAUCCAUAUGAGAUAUUAAGUGUACCGCCUGGUUCUUCGCAAGGUGAAAUAAAGAAAGCUUAUCGAAAGCUUUCCUUAAUUCUCCAUCCUGAUAAAGAAACUGGAAAUGAAAAAGCUUUCAUGAAACUAACUAAAGCUUACCAAGCUUUAACGGAUGAUGAGGCGCGAAAAAAUUGGGAAAAAUACGGAAAUCCGGACGGUCCGGGAGCAAUGAGUUUUGGUAUAGCUUUACCUUCCUGGAUCGUGGAAAAAGAGAAUUCAGUAUUGGUUUUAGGAGUAUAUGGAUUGAUUUUCAUGGUUGCUUUGCCAACGAUUGUAGGAAUGUGGUGGUACAAGAGUAUUCGCUACACUGGUGAUCAAGUUCUCUUGGCAACAACUGAAAUGUAUUACUUUUUCUUCGUAAAAACACCAUCCAUGACAUUGAAGAGAGUCAUCAUGUUACUUGCCGCUUCAUUUGAGUUCUGCAAAAAGCGCAAUGCAGAAGUAAUUGAGAGACAUACCGAUAGUGAAGAAGUUCCUUCGCUGAUUAAGCAGUUACCGAAUCUAGGUGAAAAGAACAAAGAAGUACCGUUAUGCCACUUGUAUUCAAUUAAAGCUAGAGCCUUAUUACAUGCGCAUUUAGCACGCAUACCACUCAAUCCCGAGACAUUAGAAAAGGAUAGGCAGUUUGUAGUAAAAAAAUGUCCAUAUUUGAUUCAAGAGAUGGUUGCCUGUGUCCACCAAGUUAUACUCUUGGCUUAUGCUAGGAGAGUGCCACGGGUGCCAACUAUAACAACUAUAGAGAACUGUAUGAAAUUGUGCCCGAUGAUUGUUCAAGGAUUUGGGGAGUUUAAAAAUCCUCUACUCCAAUUGCCACAUAUAACUGAGGAUAAUUUAAAAUACUUUCAUGCAAAGAAGCGUCAAAUCAAAAGUCUUCAACAAUUCGCACAAUUGAAAGGAGAAGAACGAAGACUGAUACUUCGAAAUCUGUCAGACAGUCAGUAUGAGGAUGUCAUGAAAAUUCUCGGAAAUAUGCCGUACAUAGACUUUAAAGUACGAUCCGAAGUAAUUGAUGAUGAGAAUCCCACUGUCUACACUGCUGGUGCUAUCGUAACCGUAACGGUAUCAUUAACGCGAAAAGAUAUGAGAAAUCUUUUUGGGGAUGACUCUGUCAAUGAGCAAACACUGAUCGACGACACCAAGGCCGGUGGUGAAGCGGUCGAAGAGGUCGCAGAGGAGCAAAAUCAAUCUACCAAGUCCGCGAAACCAGCGUGGCUCAAGCAGAGGAAAGGUCAAAAGAAGUCACAUAAGAAAGGCACCAACAAGAAGGCAGCUCCCGCUAAAAGCGUACAAGCACAGUCACAGACUGUGGCCAACAAUACUCAACACAGUAAUACUCCCAAUGCGAGGAAAAAGGACGAUAAAAUCGAGAAAGAGUCUUCCAAGGAAAAGUUGUCCGAUGUGAGUGACAGCGAAGGAGAGAGCGACAGAAGCGACGACGAGGAUAAUCAUGAGAAAAAGGACGCGUCGGUCGAGGACGACGAUACAGAAUGGGAGAAAUUUCAACAGAGGAUCUCCAAGCGAGAGAGAGUACUAGAGGGAAAAAGCAAUCUGUCGCACGAAGUGCAUUGUCCACUCUUUCCCGACGUAAAGCAAGAAUACUGGUGGGUCUAUAUCUGUGAUCGCAAGAGUCUAACGCUGUUAACAACCCCCGUACACGUCACGUCCUUGACACAGUUCGAGGAAGUCCAAUUAAGAUUCACGGCGCCACGUUGGCCGGGCCUUUAUACAUUUACGGUGUGCUUACGCAGCGAUUCCUACCUAGGGUUUGAUCAGGCUCAAGAUAUCAAACUGGACGUGAAGGAAGCACCGGAAAUACCAACGGAACAUCCACAAUGGGAUAUCUCCGAUGAAGAAACUGCGGAAGAUGUAGAUGCAGCUGAUGAACAUUCCGAGUUCACAACAGACGAAGACAUUAGUGACAAUGAAUAAUAUCUGUUUCUCACGUGUGAUCGGAUAGAUAUUCUAAACACAUCCGCAUUUUCCUCUUUUUUUACUUCUCGAGUUAAUGUACAAUGGACUUUUAUACAUGGAAUUGCAUAAUCGUUGAUGUAUGUGGACAAUCUAGAGAAAUAGUCUGGUGUGUAAGAUUUAUCAGUGUGGAGAAAGUAAUAGUGAAUAAAGAACAUGAUAUUUAUUU